ACUUACACUACCCGCGUUUAGCGUACAUGUAGGCUAAUCGAGGCGGGCAUUGUUAUAAACAAUACAUCAAGUCACAAGAAAAAGAAAGAACAAAAUUAAGUUGCCAAACACGUAAGCGAGUACAAUGAGUCGAACUAGUGAUGAGUAGGACUUAUGUUGAAAAGAAAUGUAAACUGAAAGGUGAAGUUGUAUUAGAAGUAAAUGCAGUCAUAACAUGAGAUGAGAUGAGAUGAUGGCGAAUAAAUUUGAGCAGGAUGCUAAUGACAGUUUUUUAUUGUUUGUACUUCCUACAGAGAUGGAUUUCCAGUUACACCGAGUGGAAGGUUAUCAAAAGUAUAUCGCCUCACACCACUUCUGGCAAAUAACAGGGAGAAAAGAGGUUUAGCACUGGACGGAAAACUAAAACACGAGGAUACCAAUUUAGCCUCUUCAACAAUAAUGGAUGAAAGCACGUCUAAAGAAAAUCUUGGAAUUAUAGUACAGUAUAAAGUCAAAGUGCGAGUUAUAGUGCAAUACGGAGGUGAUGUCACCCUGGAAUUACCUUUCACGCUAAGUCACCCCAAGCCUCCCGAGGAGACGCCGCCCCCCACUCCAGUACCACAACAGAACGUGCCCACAGAGGAAGCAGCAGUGGCUGCUUCAUCUGAAGAACCUGCUGUGGAUCACAACUUAAUCGACUUUGAUACCGAUGGACCUGGUAAGAAUGAAGACGAUGAUUUAAUCUUUGAAGAUUUUGCUCGCCUCAGGCUCAAGGAGUCAGAACAUCUCGGAAGCGCAGACGCCUGACACAUUUACAACACGAAACUUCGCGUGGGAGGGGAGGGAGAGGCUAGAACGCUGUGACAACAGAGGGAUAUCUGAAUACCACAUGUCUUAGACCUAAAAAUAGACUCUUGAUAAUUACCAUGGAGACAGCUCUUCGAAAAUCAUACUCCUUUGGCGCAGUAUGUUCUCCGGACCUGAAAAUAUUACCUUAUGGUUGACUUGUUUUGGUUUCACUCUAUAAAACUUGCGUAGUUAACCAAAGUCUAAGUUCUUAUAAUACUAAUAGUUAGCAACAGGGGGAAGAUGCGAAUUGAACAAAUUCCAAACUAGACAAUGUUGACUUUAUGUAUUACCAAAUUCUCAUGACUAUUAUUAAAGGAAUUGUAUAGCAACCAGUAAGGAGAAUCGAUGUUUUGAGUUUGGGAAUGAAAGCCUUAAUCAGGAGGUCCUCUUUGAGCCCUCUGAUUGUGUCACUAUGUUAGGUCACCAUGCGGCCACUAAUCAAGGCUGGGGCUUGGGAACGAGAGCCUUCGCUUCCAGGUCUCUUGCAUUGUGUACCCGGAUGGAUUCAGACCAUUACUUCAUGUUAAGACUAUAAUUUAGAUGUAUUACAAAACUAUCAAAGCACUUUUGCCUCCAAGAGUGAUUGACCUGUCUUGUCGUUUCUUUUACAACUAGUGAUUAGGAAUGUCUUAACCGUGAAACAAAGUCUGUUAACUCCAAGUACAGUUGAAAUUUCUGAUCUAGAACUUUGACUUUUGGGCAGAAUUAAGUGGUCCUUUUAGUGAUGUUAUGUUACAGUAAUAAAGAGUGUUACUGGAGAGGUA